CGCUUUCAGCUGCCGGUCUGUGGGUGGUUCCAGGCGCCCGGGUCUAUUUCUGUUCUGUUCUAAUUCCACUCCCUCCCUCUCACUAGAACCCGACUGUGAAUGACCCGGCCUGGCGGAGAUAGGGAGAGGGAGAGUGAGUGAAGGGGAGAGAGGGAGCUCAAGCCUUGUGUCUGAUACGAACGAUGGAGGACAGGACAGUCCCUCACGCUUACCCCAUGAGCGUGGAAUACGAGGGCGACACGCCAAGCACAAUCUACGACCAGAACUACGGGGAGGGUUUGUCACCGGAGGAUAUUUUAGCUCCGACUUUGUACCACGGUUACUACAUUAGACCCAGGAUCAACAAGCAACUGGACCGAGGGUUUUCAGAGAUAGCCACAAAGGACCAUAAAUUCCAGGUCUUUCUGGAUGUGUGCCACUUCCUGCCAAGUGAGCUGUCGGUCCGGACGGUGGACAACCUGCUGGAGGUGUCCGGUAGUCAUCCUCAGAAGUUGGACGACCACGGCUUCAUCUGCCGAGACUUUAAACGCACCUACAUCCUGCCCCUCGACGUGGACCCUCUGCUGGUUCGAACAACUCUGACCCACGAUGGCAUCCUGUGCAUCGAGGCGCCCAGGAAAGGCGGAGAGAUACAGCCUAAAGUCAACGACGUGAAGAUCAACCUGGCGUCUCCGCCGGGGAUGAAGGAGCCCGGGGCUGAGGCACAGAAAGACCAGACGACUCACGAGGCAAAGAUAUCCCACUGAUCCCCAGCAAUGUUGUGGCACUGAUGUACGGUCCUUGUUGCUUUUACAAUUCAUCCAUGUUAUUGUAGCAGCUAACUCGAAAGUAAUUGGCAUCUUGUUCAAUAACUUUAAGUUAAAUAGCAAAACUAAAAGUGUGACUAACAUUGUAAUAUGCUGAUAUUUGCUGUAUAUUUGAAGCAAGAAUUGUACUGAUGAAUGUAUCUCAACUAAAACGAGAGGAUUAUCUUGAA